AUGGCCGAUUUCCAUCUCUUCUCCCCACUGUCUUAUGGGGAGCUCGGGGAGCCCUUGCUCGCUGGAGAGCAGGAGCUGGGUUGGCCUGAGCUGUCUCUGAAUCCCUGGGCCCAGACUCCUGGCGCCGAGAUCGAGACUGAGGUGCCCUGGGUGCACCCGAAGUGUUCGCCCACUGGGCGGUCCCGCCGACGUGGGUAUAUCGCCUUGCCAAGAGAAAGCCACAGCCUGACACACGUGGCCCGGAGACCCUCCGACCGAGCCAGGAAGCACAGGUCCGGCAGCCUCCGCCUGGAAGAAGCCUGCGGGGAGGCACCGACCAAGUCCAGCAGAACCUGGAGACGGCAGCAACAGCAGCAACAGCAGCAGGAGUUGCUGGUGCAGCAGCCACAGGAUCACCCCGGCCCUUGCUACCCUGCAGCCCGGGAAGAUUCAUCCCCGCAGUACCCCGGGGAAGCUUUCAGCCCCCCGAGUGCUGGGACUUUGCUUGUAGAAAAGACACACACUGGAGACCGGUGGGCAAUGCCGGUGUGGAGACGUGUAGGUCUCUGGUCCCCUUCCUCAGUUCUCGCAGACAAGUCCUCUGUGCACUCCCUAGAGUUCUGCAAGCAAUCCACCCAGAAUAAGAGUAACCACGACCGGACUGAGUCCUUAAACAAGUACAACCGGCCCUCUGCCUCCUGCAAAGAGAAGAACAGCCAGCACGCUCAGGUCCUCAAGAGCAAGCUGGACGAGGCGGUGAUAUCUCUGAGGGACCAGAAGAUCUUGGCCCUGGUGCUGAGCAGGCUCAAGAAGGCCCAGAGGAUGCGAGAGCUUCAGCAACAGGCCGCGGUCGCCUGGGAAGAGCUGAUGCGCUCAGAUCAGAAAGUUCACCUGACCCUCGAAAGAGAGCGCAAGCUGCUUCUGCUGCAGAGCCAGGAGCAGUGGCAAGGACAGAGGGAACAGCACAAGCUUCAGAGGGGCCACAGGCAUGAGCAGCCUCGCCAGGGCCACAAGCAGCAUGGAUCGCGGGGUGACCGCCAGGCAAAGAGCACGCUUCAGUUGGAGAACGAGAGUGAGUGGGUGGUGCAAGCUGACAGCUCGGAGAACCGAGGCCUGGACAGGAUGGACAAGGUGCAAGCGCAGGCCGAGCAUCUCAAACAGUGUCAAGCGCAGAGUCUGCGGGAGCAGGAGAGGGUGCUGCAGAGUGUGCGGGACCUGAACAGGCUGCAGCUGCCCAAGAGGCUGGAGAUAGCGGGCCACAAGAGGGAGCAGCACAUGGCCGAGAGCCCGAAGACGGCCCAGGAGAGCAACCUGAGCACAUUUGUCAACUUCCAGGCCCGCAAGGUUCUCAUGGACUGCCAGGCCAAGGCGGAGGAACUCCUCCGGAAGCUGUCGCUGGAGCAGAGCUCCCAGAGCUCCCAGGACAUCCACGAGGGUUUGGUUAAGGAGCGACACAGAGAGCAGCAGGGGAAGGCCCAGGCUGAGGCAGAGCAGUUCCAAAGAAUGAGAUGGCAUGCGGAGGAGGCCGAGGAGCUGCUUCAAGUGAGCAAGCGGGUGCUGGCAGAGCUGGCUGAACAGAAGAGCAGCCAUGCCAGGAGUCACGCGCACAAGACCACCAAGGACAGGGCGCAGCGCCUGCAGGAGCUCAACAUCCUGCGCGAGAGGAACCAUCAUAUCUUGAAGCUGAAAGCGGAGAAGGAGGAGAAGUGUCACAUUGAGGGCAUCAAGGAAGCCAUCAAGAAGAAGGAACAACGGUUAGAGCAGAUGACCCCAGGGAAAGAUGACAUCUUGCAGGAGUAUCAGAAGGGUCCCCCAUCCUCCAAGAUGAACCGCUGCUUUGACCAGGCGGCAGCAGAGCCCCAGCUGCCCCUGCACCAGCAGGGUGGAGUCUACUGA